AUUGUUCAAUCUUCAUUAAAAAAACAAGUCUGGUGUCAGCUACCACAUGACCGCUAGGAGUCAGUGUUUCACUGCGCUAAUAACCAGCUCCCUGUAUCUACCUGCCCCGUGUGUGUGUGUGUGUGUGUGUGUGUGUGUUAUUGCCUUGAUGUGCGGAUCAGCUCAUUCUCAUGGAGUACUUCACGCCUCUUAGCGGAACAUGAACACACGCACCCAUCACUCACUCCAACUCAGCGUUCAGCUACUUUCCUGCCAUCGAUCGGGAUUAUUUCAUUUAUACACGCUGACAGUCUGCUUGAGCUCAGAUCAACAUGAGCAACAUCUACGAGUCAGCAGCCACCACGCUGGGCCUCUUCAACAGCCCAUGUCUGACCAAAGUGGAGCUGCGUGUGGCCUGUAAAGGAAUCUCAGACAGAGACGCCCUGUCCAAACCUGACCCCUGUGUGGUGUUGAAGAUGCAGUCUCAUGGACAGUGGUUUGAGGUGGACCGGACCGAGGUGAUCCGCAGCAGCAUCAGCCCUGUGUUCUCCAAGGUAUUCACUGUAGACUACUACUUUGAAGAGGUGCAGCGGCUGCGCUUUGAGCUCCAUGACAUCAGCAGCAACCAUAACGGACUCAAGGAGGCGGACUUCCUGGGAGCCUUGGAGUGCACCCUCGGACAGAUUGUGUCUCAGAGAAAACUCUCCAAAGCUUUACUGAAACAGGGCAACACAGCGGGCAAGUCUUCUAUAACGAUAACAGCAGAGGAAUUAUCUGGGAAUGAUGAUUAUGUAGAGCUUGCCUUUAGUGCCAAAAAGCUUGAUGACAAGGAUUUUUUUAGCAAAUCGGAUCCGUUUCUAGAAAUCUUCAGGGUCAACGAUGACGGGACCGGAUCCCUCGUACACAGAACUGAGACCAUCAUGAAUAAUCUAAAUCCAGUGUGGAAGUCGUUCAAAGUGUCACUGAACACUCUCUGCAGUGGGGAUCAUGAGCGUGAGCUGAAGUGUACAGUGUGGGACUGGGACUCAAAUGGAAAGCAUGACUUCAUUGGAGAAUUCCAGACUACCUUCAAAGAGUUGAAGACAGCAAUGGAUGGAAAGCAGAUUCAGUGGGAAUGCAUCAAUCCCAAGUAUCAAGUGAAGAAGAAGAAUUACAGAAACUCUGGUGUGGUGAUCCUGACUCAGUGUAAGAUAAUAAAGAUGCAUUCGUUUCUGGAUUAUAUAAUGGGAGGUUGUCAGAUCCAGUUUACGGUGGCGAUUGAUUUUACUGCCUCGAAUGGCGACCCACGUAACAGCUGUUCUCUUCACUACAUCCACCCGUACCAGCCUAACGAGUACCUCAAGGCCCUGGUGGCUGUGGGUGAGAUCUGCCAAGACUACGACAGUGAUAAAAUGUUCCCAGCGUUUGGCUUCGGAGCGCAGAUCCCGCCGGACUUCAAAGUCUCACAUGAUUUUGCGGUAAACUUUGAUGAGGACAACCCAGAGUGUGCUGGUAUUCAAGGUGUUGUAGAAGCUUAUCAGAACUGUCUGCCUAAGAUCCAGCUCUAUGGCCCCACUAACAUUGCACCAAUCAUACAGAAAGUAGCCAACUCUGCUUCGGAGGAGAUGCACACUAAGGAGGCCAUGGAGUAUUUCAUUCUGCUGAUCCUGACAGAUGGAGUUAUAACAGACAUGGCGGACACGCGGGAGGCCAUCGUACAUGCCUCCCACCUCCCCAUGUCCGUUAUCAUUGUGGGAAUAGGCAACGCAGACUUCAGUGAUAUGCAGAUGCUGGACGGCGAUGACGGCAUUCUGCGCUCGCCCAAAGGAGAACCCGUCCUCCGAGACAUCGUCCAGUUCGUGCCCUUCCGUAACUUCAAGCAUGCUUCUCCUGCAGCACUGGCCAAGAGUGUGCUGGCCGAGGUGCCCAAUCAGGUGGUGGACUACUACAACAGCAAAGGCAUCAAGCCCAAAUGUCUUUCAGACUUUGAGUCUUCCAGAGCCUUCAGUCCCUAAACAGCACCCUGCUCAUCAUCAUCAUUAUUAUUAUUAUUAUUAUUAUUAUUAUUAUUAUUAAUGAAUAGAAAAGUGUAAUAACUGCUGUAAUUGUUGUGUCUAUAUUUAUUUAUUUAUUUAUUUAUUUCUAAGCCAGAGGCACACCUUCAACUAGAUGGAGUAUAAUUCUCCAAACAUGCUCAUGAUUUCUGCUUGUACAGAAUGUGUUUCUUCUUCUUCUUAUUAUUAUUAUUAUUAAUGCAUAUGUUUGUUUUCUAAUUGAUUUUCCUGAUUAUUGAGAUUAUUUCUAGAUGGCACUAGAGUUGCCCUAGAGCACAGGUGAGGAUGUAGCCAUUGUUUUUCCCACAGCAGGAAGUUAGCACUGUGGCUGUUUCCUGUUAGCAUCUGAUCAUGACUGCAGUUUAAUUGCAUGUGUUUCCUAAAGAAACUCUGUGUACAGUAUUUAGAGAUAAAUACAAGAUAUCAGUAAAUAUUUACCUGAAGCUCAGAAGGCCGAUGUUCUAGACAGAUUUUGUUCUUUUGUACAGGAUUGUUGACUUUUUUUUUUUUUUUGCAAAAUUUCUUAACAGUUCUUUUAGAUUUUUGGAGUGAGUAGUUGAGAAUGCAAUAGAUUAUAACUUUUUCUCUCUUCUGUGGUUGUGUGUGUGUGUGUGUGCGGAUGCACAUGAAUGUGUGUGUGUGUGUAUUUAUUACAGAUACUACACUGU